AUGACACUAGCUUACGAUAUCGCGUUGAUGGGUAUGACUGGCGUUACUGCCCAAACACAAUUUACUAGGUUCGACGAGCGCUGGGAUGUUUCGAUGUUAUUAAACGACAUCCGGGUUCAGCGCUAUAGCUCCUGGCUGAAUGGUGCAGGGGGGCCGAUUGACGAGCAAUGGAUUGCCGUCAAGAGGAACUGGAUAAACUUCCUAUCCGCGACGAGCACGCGGCCAGACGCUACCCUUGCCCCUACCCCAAACGCCACUCACAGUGACAACGAGCAGCCAUCAGGCAGGGAACACGACAUCGAGCGCUUCCAUCACGAUCGCCGCGUCCGGGCCGCCAUCCAGGUCGCCAUCUUUAAUGCAUUCGACCGCGAGGAGCGACUAGCCGAACGUUGGCCGCAGCAGGCGCGACUCAUCCUCAAUCGUGCGGGGUGCUCAACAGCGACCCAGCCAUUCCGGACGUUGCGUGCCACCGCAGACUUGGGCAAACGGCGGCGUUACCAAGCUGUCUGGGCAUCGCUAGUUUGUUUCCUGGUGUUUGCUCAUGGCAACCAGGAUAUGCUGGAUGAGAUGGGUCUGGUGUUGGCUGAACAUACGGAGGAUGAGGUUAUCGACAUCUUGGCAGCAAUUGAUACCGGUAUCCAAAGUGAGCUCGAUGCUGCUGUGCGAGUACUUUGCGUCAACAUGAUCACGGACCACGCACCAACCGCUUCCAAGAAUCCUCUCUUCUGGUGGCUAACCGUGUUGGUACGCUCGGCCAUUGAACCUUUGCAGGAAAUGGACUAUAUCAGUCGGGGUCGUUUUCUCAUGAAUAUUCUAUCCAUGGACCUUGAUCUUUGCGGCCGUCUAGAAGCCAUACAACAUUAUGCCAAGGUAUUGGUGUUGGACAAAGCGUUGGACCUGUGGAGACCCUAUUCAGACGACUGGGCGCUUCAGGUGAAUCGAGACCUGGAUGCGGCGAACCUGGAUUGGUUGGACGAAGGUAAAGAUCAGCCAUUGUUCGACGAGGAUGACCCCAGGACCUGUGACUCGUCGGCUUGGCGGUCCAUGCUUGAGAAUCUGAACCGCUGGGCGCUGGCAUACCUCAGUACUCGGAAAGACAUUGACACUGUUCUCGGUGAGGUCGGGAAACUUCUUUCAACAGAAGGAUGUUGA